UUCGAUGAUGUGGCUGUGGAGUUCACCCGGGAGGAGUGGCAGCUCCUGGCCCCUGCUCAGAAGGCCUUGUACCAGGACGUGAUGCUGGAGAACUACAGCCACCUGGUGUCCCUGGGGUAUCAAGUUACCAAACCUGACGCACUCUCCAGGUUGGACAGUGGAGACUGGCCAUGGAUCUCUCAACAGUUUGCAAGCAGCCAGAUCUGUAUUUCUUCGAUCAUUCAUACAGGAGUGAAACCCCAUAGAUGUCAUCUGUGUGGGGAAGCCUUCUCCAGACAGUUUAAACUCGCCCAGCAUCUUCGGAGGAUACACAGAGGGGAGAAACCUUUUCAGUGCACGGAAUGUGGGAAAGCCUUUCUCAGGAAAUCUCGACUGAGUGUACACCAGCGAACUCAUAGUGGAGAGAAACCCUACAAAUGCAGCGAAUGCGGAAAAGACUUUAUCCAUAAAGGAAAUCUCAUGAUUCACGAGCGAAUCCAUACUGGAGAGAGACCCUACAUCUGUGGUGAAUGUGGGAAAGUCUUUAUGCGGAGAGGUAAUCUCAUUACUCAUCAGCGAACUCACACCGGAGAGAAACCGUACAUCUGCAUUGAAUGUGAAAAAGGCUUCAUCAAGAAGGGCGACUACAUUAUUCAUCAGCGAAUUCACACUGGAGAGAAACCCUACACGUGCAGUGACUGCGGAACAGGGUUCAUCCGGAAGCAGUAUCUCAUUAUGCAUCAGAGAAUUCAUAGUGGAGAGAAACCCUACGUGUGCACUGAAUGCGGAAAAGGCUUCGUACAGAAGAGAGAUUACCUUAUUCACCAGCGAACUCAUACUGGGGAGAAGCUCUUCAUAUGCAGUGAGUGUGGGAAAGCCUUCACCAGGAAGAGAAAUCUCACCAUCCACCAGCAAAUUCAUACUGGAGAGAAACCGUACGAAUGCAAUGAAUGUGGAAAAGGCUUCAUCCAGAAGGGAAGUCUCAUAAUUCACCAGCGAAUUCACACUGGAGAGAAACCCUACUUAUGCAGCGAAUGUGGCAAAGGCUUCAUCCAUAAAGGAAACCUCCUUAUUCAUCAGCGAACUCACACAGGAGAGAAGUCAAAUGCCCCUUUCAUUCUGUACGGACGAUUUUCAAAUAUGGCCGCCUCCAGAGAGAGUGAGACUCACGUAAAGGCGGAGACCGGAAAUGCCUCUGUCCGCGCACCUUCAAACUUCCGGACCUUCGCCGGCAUCCGUACAGGGACAUGGAUCCAGCGCGACCAGUCGAAAAGUAGAAACAGUUAA